AUGCGACUGCUAUACACUACACGCGAUGGGAGACUCGGGUGGACUGAGGACCUGAUCGGACACAAGAUUCCCCCAUAUGCGAUCCUGUCGCACACCUGGAAGGACAGGCAGGAAGUGACAUUUGCCGACCUAAAAGAUCUAGACAUCGCAGUAGACGUCAACACACAACACAAGGAAGGGUAUCGGAAGAUUCGCUUCUGCGCACAACAGGCUAAACGGGACGGUCUGGACUACUUCUGGGUUGACACCUGCUGCAUCGACAAGGCAAACAACACGGAAUUGUCGAGAGCGAUUAACUCCAUGUUCCGAUGGUACCAGAAUGCCGAAAGAUGUUAUGUCUUCCUUUCGGACGUCGCGAACGACACUUCAGAAAUCGAUAGCAAGUCGGCGUUGAAGCAGAGCAGGUGGUUUAAGCGGGGCUGGACGCUUCAGGAGCUUCUUGCUCCUCGCUCUGUUGAGUUCUUCUCUAAAGAGGGAGAGCGGCUAGGGGACAAGGAGUCGCUUCAGCACCUUAUACACGAGGUUACAGGUAUACCUAUCGAAGCUCUGUCCGGAAGCGACUUGUCCGAGUUCGACGUUGCCAAGCGUUUCUCGUGGGCAGCGAAUCGACAGACAACAGAGGAAGAAGAUGGAGCGUAUUGUCUGUUCGGCAUAUUUGGCGUCCACCUACCGCUAAUCUAUGGCGAAGGCAAAGACAACGCCCUUGAACGGCUGAGAAGCGCGGCUGUUCUGAAACAUAAGGGCCGUAGUCAAGACCAAGAAGAGAAGCUUGGCAAGAUACGCAGCUGGCUUUCGGCGCCUGACCCAUCUACCAACUACCACAAAGCGCAUAAGCAGCGGCAGGCUGAGACCGGAGUCUGGUUGGUAGAGGGUGAGCAGUUCGCGAGAUGGAAAGAGCGUGCAGCAUCGCGACUGUGGCUGUACGGGAUCCCAGGAUGUGGAAAGACGAUCCUAAGCUCUACUAUUGUCGAGCAUUUGGUGCAGUACUGCCAUGAUGACACUAACAUGGUGACGGCAUACUUCUACUUCGACUUCAAUGACACACAGAAACAGGAUCCAGAGCUUAUGCUGCGCUCGCUGCUCUGCCAGCUCGUGCAGCGUUCGGUCGUGAUACCCAAAGGCGUUGACGCGUUGCUCUCAUCUUGCGAGAACGGGCAACGGAAGCCAUCAUCGCAUGCGCUUUUACAAGUAACAAAGGAAGCGGCGCAAGAAUUCACCCAUGUGUACGUUGUUCUCGAUGCUCUAGAUGAGUGUGCGCAGCGCUCGGAGCUGAUGGACAUGCUCGAAGCAGUGGCUGAGUGGCAGCUUGACAACCUGCAUCUGCUCAUGACUAGCCGGAAAGAGCGGGAUAUCGAGCGCUCCUUGGAGGAAUACAUUAGGGAGGAGGACGCUGUGUGUCUUCAAAGGGACGUGGUGGACCAAGACAUACAGCGAUACGUCCAACAAAGGCUGCAUGACGACAAGGGCUUGGCGAAAUGGAACAAGGAUGCCGCUGUCAGGCAGGAGAUUGAGGCCGCGCUAAUGGGCGGAGCUUGCGGGAUGUAA